AUGUUCACAGUUUUUGCUCUUUAUUAUAAGGGCUACAACUUUGCCUCAGAGAGCUGCACCACUAACUCUUCCGCCUUGGAUUGUCAUCGUGAGUGUAAUUUUGAUAGUGGUCAAGGAAGCGGUAUUUCGUUACUGAAAUCCAGUCGCACAUCAGCACGCUCCGGCAAAACCCGCUACGAAGUAACAAUACGUUUGGGUGCUAACUUAACUGCCUUCUAUCGUCAUAUUGAUGGCGAACAAAGAGCCAAAGAACAAUUGCCAUCAUUUUUAGAAAAACAUCUCAUGCGUGUUUUGCGCAAUUUCAAUAUCACCAAAAUAAGUGAUUUAGAACUGAUCUCAAAUACCACCGAACGUCUAGACAUAACCUUUCAUUUCUUUGGCGUUAAGGGAGACUCCAAUCGUAUAAGAGAGGCCAUCACCCGCAUGGUGGAGAGGGGUAAAAUAGGCAAUAUAACAUUGGUAUCGAAUUAUCAUUUGUUUGAUGAAAAUCCACCGCUGAAUUUAAUGGACUUGAGCGUAAAUCAAAAGCAAAUAAUACGUGAAGAAAGUGAAUUUAUAUUGUCCUGCACGGCUCAAGGAUCGGCACGUAUGCAAUUUCAAUGGUUUAAAGAUGGCAUAGUUGUCAAUGCAUCCAAAGCAACCAGAGAAAUCUGGACCACUGUUUUGCCACCAGAAACUAAAGAUGUGUUCACCGCCAUAUUGGGUAUAUCAAAAGCCAAUCGUUUGGAUGAGGGUAUUUAUACUUGCAAGGUCACCGAUUGGGGCGUUGAACAGUGUCGCUCCCUGCAUGUGCACAUUAAAUCUCCUCCCCGCCUGAGAGUAGACCCGGCCAGUGUUACUCUACAUAAGGGAGACUCGCUGAGGGUGCGCUGCUUAUCUCCCGGCAAUGAUGACAUCAAAAGAUAUGCCCAAUUAGGCUAUAGUUGGACACGUAAUGGUAAUCUCUUUCAAUCAGAUCCCAAAACAGUUAUGUGGGAAGAUCUGUAUCCCGAUGGCAGUAUUCUCAAAAUCAAUAAUAUACAAAGAUCAGCAGAGUACUCUUGUGUGGUGUCGAAUACGGUGAAACCAGUUUCAAAAAGUGUUUACAUUACGGUUAUAGAUCGCAAUGCAGUGCAUGUUUGUCAUGCUGAAACAAACUAUGGCGUGCAUUGGCCCACUAGCGCUCCAGGAGGAGUGGCUGUUAUAUCCGAUUGCCCUAGAGGAUUUGAGGGUUUUUCACGUAGAACAUGUGAGAAAAGAGAUGUGGGUAAUUCUACUUGGUUGCCGCCAGACUUUAGUAAUUGCAUAAGAGAUCAAUUGCUAAUGAUUUACAAUAAGUUUAGGGCCUUGGUAUCGGGUUUUCAGCAGACAACUACCUCGGAGUUGUUAAAAGCCAGUUUGGAUUAUACUUUAAAGAGAUAUAAACAUUUUUUGCCGGGAGAGGCGGGCUUUUUAAUCGAUAUGUUGCAUGAGCUCGAUAAUUAUUUGCAAUUGAAAGGCACUCAGCUGGAACGCGAAAUGGCGGCAGAGAUAAUUUUGCAUAUUUUAGAUAAAGUCAUGCAAAAUACCCAGUCAUUGAACAGUCAACAGCAAAUUAAAAAGUUGCAACUUUUAACGCAAUCAGCAGCAUUGAACCGUGAAACUAUAGCAGCAUCACAAUUAGCCACAUCAACAUCAACAGGAAGUAUAACACAAGCUCAGGCAUCAUCCUCCUCUUCCUCCUCGUCAUCAGCUGGCAGCUCCUCAGGAACUCUACAGCACUCAACAUCAUCCUCGUCUUCAGCAUCAGCUUCACAUAUAACCACAUUAACCCAGUCUAGCAUAGACGACAGACCUGCACCAGCCACACACAUGAACCUGAAUGGCGGUGCAACAUCUGGUUCUUCAGCAAACACUGCCUCCUCAUCCUCCUCUGCAGCUACUAGCGGAAAUAACCAACAACAUCAACAGCAAACUUUGUUGAAAACAACUGACAUUUUACUUACUACCCCUAAUAGAGCAGGCAUGGUAGGUGCGGAUAGCUCCUCUUCUGGCUCUUCUCAUGAUGGCAGCCAUAGUGUGUUAACCGUAGACGAAGAUUCAUUGUCCUUGGAUCGUCUUAAUUCAUUGCGCAUCUAUAUGACGUCCAUAAAAACUUUACCCUUCAAUUUACGCAUCUACGGUGAUGAUCUCUUUUCAGACCAAUUAUACAUGGACAUUGGUCUCUCCAAUCGUUUGCUGAAUAUUAUGGCCAACAACACCAUCUUUGCCUCGGUGAUUUCCUACAAAAAUUUAAAAAGUUUUUUACCCAAAACCUACUACACCAGAGGAAGUGAUCCUAAAGAGUCUGAUUACAUUUUGGCAUCACGCAUUAUACAAACGUGGCUGUUUCAAUCAAAUCGCUCUAAUGAUAAUAUGCGAGAACCAUUGGAUUUACCUUUUGAACAUGGUCAUGUAGAGAUUAUUUUUCAACAUGAAAGAGCACCCAAGGAUAGUGAUUGGAUUGCGGUGUGUGGUCAUGAUUAUAAGGCAUCCUUUGAGUCAAGUUGGCGUUCAGAUUUGUGUAUUACCAAAAACUUAAUGGAGAAUAUCACACGUUGUAUUUGUCCAGUAUCUGGUACUUAUGUGGUCAUGCUAACCAAACGUAAUAAUCAUUCUCAUCAUUUGUCCACACCGCCCCGACCAAUUUUCGUCAUCAUUAGUUGUGUUUGUUGUUUAUUGCAAUCGUGCUCGGCAUUUAUUAUCCUGCUGCCCAUUUGGUAUAAUCGUCAGUGUGCCAUAACAUUUUUAAAAAUGCAAUUUUGUGUCUCCACAUCCAGCAUAAUGGUGAUAUUUUUACUGGGAUUUUUGAAAAUGUUGCCUGUGAACUGGCAACCCAUAAUUAGUUCUUCAUUGGCAUCGCUAUUAUUGCUGGGUAUAUCUACACUAAUUGCCAUAGCAUUAGUAAUACACUCGGAAUUAGUGCCCAAGAAAUUAUUGCACGUAAAUAAUAAGUCCACAAAUGCAACAAACUCCACAACAGUCUCAACAGCUGCUGCCACUACAAACAUUAACACUGUUGUGCCCGGAUCUGCAACUGAUGGAGGAGGAGGUGGAGGUGCCACCUUAACGGUGACAACAGGAACAUUAACAACAGCCCAAGAACAGGAAUUAGAGAAUACCACAAUACUACAAACGAACAGGGAGCCAGUAGGAGAACAAGCACUGAGACAAUCGGUGGCGACAUCAUUGAAACCCCCCCUAAGAUUUGUACAACAGGGCACAUCAGCAGCUGGUGUGCGUGGUGCUAUAGGUAUUAGCUGGCUGUUGCCUCUGCUAUUUGCCAUAACAUCACCUUUAAUUUGUACAAUUAAUGGCAAAUGGCCACAAAACUGGUGGCUGGAAAUUAUGAGCCAUUCCAUGGCCACAGCCACGACAUCCCAAACGGGCAACGGUGGAACGGGUUUAAUGGGCACAACAGCAUUUGCCAUGAACACGGCCACCAAUAGUUUUUUGCCCCUGAAUGAGCGUUACAUACGCACUCAUCUAACACCCUUUACAACGGAGCCACCUUUGCUGAGUAAUGGUGAUAGUUUUUUGGAAUUUAAUACUACAACAGCCUUAGAUAAUACGAAUACAAAUGCUCAUUUAACAACCACCAGCAGCAGCAGUAGUAGUAGCAGCAGUACAAUUGAUGCAACAUCUACAAUUUGGUCGCAUUCCUUACAAACAGCAGCACAUUCCCCAGUAACCUCAAUUUCAUUUCUCCACAAUGAAGACACCACUUCGGCUAAUGCAGCUGCCAAUUUGGCGGACGGAGGUGGUGCGGGUGGCCUGUUGCCACCCGCUGUACCAGCUUUAAAUUUCAUUUUAUUUUUGUUUGUGGAUAUUUUGUUCAUUCUGUUAUUUUUUGCUCUAUUUGCGAUUUUAAUCAAAAAACUUUUAUGGCUUUGGCAUAAAAAUCGUCCAUUGGAUAAAUUCAAUAUGGUCAUGAAACAAAGAAUCGGUUUAUUGUAUAGAACGGGUUGCCUGUUACUAAUCAAAUUAUGUACGGAUGCAUUAUUCAUUGUAUACAGCAAUUCCAUGGUGAUGGAAACAACCUGGUGGUGUUAUCCGUUUGGCAUAUCGUGUAUAUUAAUGGGUUUUACCAUCUUGUUUUGUUUUAUUAUAAAACCCGAAUGUUCUUUGCGCGGUUCAAGAGGCUCAUCAAACCACUUCUCCGGCAUGGGUGAUAAUAUGAAAAAGAAAUUAAGUUCCAGUAAAACCAGCUUAGAUGAUAAUUACUGUACAGGGUCCAUAAAUGCACCAAUAAAUUUUUAUACCAACCAUGAAAAAGAAUCUGAAAGUUGUGCUGCAGCUCCUCCCUUAAUGCACAAAACACCACCAUCACCGGCUCGUCAACAUUUAGAAAUGUCUGCAGCAUCAUGUCAAAUGCCGGGCUUAACCAUAAUCUCAACAGCUCCACGUUGUCAAAUGAUGCCUUUGUUGGCGGCGGCAGGAACAGCAACACAACAGGAACACGUGGCAAGUGUGGAAACGUUUAUAGGUACAGCAGGAGGAGGAGGAGGUAACAACUCAACUUUGGAACGCAAAGCGUCAACACAUUUAGCCUGUAUGCAGCAGCAGCAACAUCAACAUAUAAACUUACAAACUUCAGCAGCCUCUUCACCAGCCACUAGAUGUUGCAAUAUAUUGGGUGGUGUGGGCGUUAGCCUAGGUGCUGGAGCUGCUGGUAGUAACAUGUCACAGCAACCACAACAUCAGCUUACCGGUAUGCCUCAAGUUGUUUCUGGCAGCUCAGUGGGUUAUUAUGAUGCAUAUGUAGCAUCGGCUGCAGCAACAUUGGGCAUGCAAGCCACAUCAACGCCAUCCUCUUUAAAUAUGACUGGCAGUUUAAGUCGUAGAACUCAUUUGACUUCAGCACAUCAUCAGCAUCAACACCAACAGCAACAGCCGGCUUUAACACAUGAGUUUGUGGGUGUGGAAACCUUAGAUAUAUUACAAGGUGUAGCACCGGACACCCUUAUCGGCAUACGUUCCUCGGUGAAUCCUGUCAGCAUCUGUUCUUCCAUGUCAUCAUAUCAUCCCACUAGCGGAGUACAUUAUACAAAUGCAGCUCCGGGUAGUUAUCUAAAUACAGUACCACCCUCACAAACACAACUAAUACCGGCCGGAGCCAUCGUAUCCAUAAGUAGUCUAACCAAUACAGCUGCCCCAACAGGAACAAUAAAUUAUACAAUACCAGCGACCAUAAUAACAACCACAUCGGUGACAACACAGACACCAAAAACCCAAAAGCGAGUGACAAUAAUGGAACCCACCACAAAUCAUACAUUUGAUCCAUUACUGCCCACAAUGGUGGCAUUGGCGGGAGCCAAUACCUCCUCGAAUGUACAGCAACAACAACAACAGCAUCCUACACCCAUAAUAACCAUCACAACUAAUAACAGCCAAACGCCAGAGGAAAAGGCUAAUAAGAAUAAGGAGAGUAGUGAAGAUGAGGAAGAUCCUAGGGGUAUGUUGGAUCGUAUAACACAUGAUCUCAAUUAUCUGUUAAAUGGUGCCGAAGAUGAUCAAAUACCACCACCACCCAGACCUCCCACGGGCAGCAUACCCUCUACGGAGUUGGCUAAUGCGGAGGUUAUAUUUAAAACGGAUGAAUUGUAAAGUGUGAGAAUGAGUAAUAAACAAUAAAGACAGGGUUAGUUAGGUG